GGUCGCCGCGGGCAGGGCCAGUGCAGCGAGCUCUCGGAGCUGCGCUCUGAGUGCUCGCGCCUGCGCGCCGAGCGCGACCAGCUGCGCGAGGAGCUCGAGGCCCUCCGCCGCGACCACCGCGCGGCGGCCGCCAGCCAUCGCCCAGCGGCGUCGGCGGCCCGGCCAGAGCCGGGCGAGAGGCCGGCGCGCGCCUCGCCUCCCGGGGCGCCCGGGGCGGGCCGCGCUGCCCCGCGGUGCGCCGCAGCGGGGCAGGGGGUCCCCAAGCCGCCGACAGGCGGUUGUCGAGGGUGCCUGCGCGAGGGUGGCUGCCGAGGAUGUGUCCGCGGCCUCCGGAGGGUGUUCGCGCCUCUCGUCGGCGCCGGCGGCGGACGAGGCGUGCACCAGAGGGCCUGCGGCACGCUCUGGUUCCCUCUGAGACAGGCCUGGUCCCUCGCGUGA